AUGUUGAGACAGCAAAGUGCUACUGGUCCUAGUAGUAGUAGACUACCAAAGAAGACUGUCAAAAGGGGUUGUGCUACAGGCCUUAGUGCAUCAUGUAGGACACCUUCAAGUCUUGGUGAAUCUAAUGAGUAUGAACCUGUGGAAUUGAAUGAUUCAGGUGAUGAUGAUUUAUGGGAACUUAGUGAGGAUAAACUUGAUAAAGAAAGUGAUAGAAUUUCAGAUUCUUCAGAUGAUGAUGACAGUGAAUCUAAAGAAAUACUUGGUGAUUUUGAUGAUGAAGAUAAAGAGGAAGUUGAUGAGGAAGGAGAUGAUGAGUCAGAUUAUGUACCUGAGGAAGAUAAAGAUGAAGAUGAGUUAGAUAGGGAUGGUAUUUUAAAUUAUGAUUUUGAGGAGUACCAUUCAUAA